GGUCAUCGCAGGCCAGCACCCGCGUUUUCGUUCCGUAAAUGCUUGAAAAUGGUUAAAAAAGGUUAAUAAUAUUGAAUAAUAUCGGAAAAAAGUGUCGCGCAGUUGUGUGGUGUAGUUUGCAAAUGAAAAUACAUAUAUCCCCAGAGCAAAAAAAAAAGAUCAGAUGGCGGCCAGAAGUGUGUGUAAAUAUGUGUUAAAAUGCAAUGCAACAAGUUUAUUUUAUAUUUCUUUUACAUGAAAACCAAUUGUUUAAUGGACUUUUUAAGAUUUUUGUGUGAAAAAUUCAGCGAAAAUGCCAGCAAAGCCCCUCGGUCCAGUUUUCGUUUGGUCACGCGGUUUUGCGGUUUCACCGUGUGGGUGUGUGCGCGGGUGGGUGGGGUGUAAAGAGAGCAGCAAACAGCAUGUGCAUCGUUUUUGUUUUUGUGAGUGCGAAAAGUUCAGAAAGUGCAGAAUGGCUAAGUAGCUGUACAAGCUGAGGAGGGGAAGCAUAAGCAACAGAAGAAGUGAGUGACAAUGAAAGAGAUGGGAAGCAACAUGAAUUUACGAGCAAUAAAGAAAUGAUGAAAGCCACAGCGUGGUUUUGUCCGGUGUUAUUAACUUUACUGUGUGCAACGAGGCUCGUUUGUACGGCACAGAGGGGCACGGGCGCAGAGCAGCAGCCCGCCGGAAACAGCCACACGAACGGAUAUCCUUUGGACUACCUGGAUGCACGGAACACACAGGAUGAUUUUUUGCUCGCAAAGCGCAACAAACCGUCCCUGUCCAUUGUCAAUCCGUUGGAUGUCCUGCGUCAGAGGCUGCUCCUGGAAAUAGCGCGCAGGCAAAUGAAGGAGAACACGCGGCAGGUCGAAUUGAAUCGGGCCAUUCUGAAGAACGUGGGCAAACGAGUCUACCUAAGACCGGCGGCGGCAGAGGCAAUGCUAUCCAGACCGUACUCGCAGCAGCUGGAGAGGGCACAGGCAAGGAGCAACAAGCGCCAACAGAAGAUGCACUGGACCAAUUUCCCCAGUCCACUCCAGUGGAGCUAUGCGAUGCCCCAGUCCCCAGACACAUCACAGUUUCAGAGUCAGAGUCAGAAAUCACAAGCUCAGAAGUUAUUCAACUAUGCAAAAAAAUCUCUAAGCGGUGCUGGGGCUGGACCAGGUCUGGGCAUGAGUGUGGCAGCGAAACAUCCAGCUGACGGGAAUGAAGUUGCAAAUGAAAAAUAUCAUGAAAAUCAUGGUGAUAGAAAUGCUGCGAUGGCCAGCAAAAACGCAACCAUAUAUGUGGCAGACACGGACGAGGUCGACGAUGACAACGAGAACGACAACGACAACAACGAGGAGGAGAGCAGGGUGGAGCAGGCGUUUGAGGAGGACAAAACCAAUUUGGAACCGCACGGAAUGGCUGCAGGUGUGGACAAUACAAUUGAAUAUCUUCCGUGGAACCUCCUCUACCGCUACCUACCGCAAAAAAAUCACUAUAACGACAUUUAAGUGGCUAAAGAUUGAGAUGCAAUUACAGACUAUGGAUUACAGAUUACAAAUACGGUAUACGGUUACACAUGCACCAAAAAACGGGUUAGAUGUAAUACAUAGAAAUGCAUAUAGAAAUGUACAUUGACGGUUCCUAAAUGGCUGGCUACAAGGCAGGCAUGUUGUGUGGUGCACAUACUCCGCAUCCAAUCCACAUCCAAUCGGCUCCACUCCACUCGAAACCCUUCGAUAAAUCCCUUUUUCAAUGUUGCUAAACGUAUUCAAGUUUUGUAUUUUAUUCGAAUUGAAAUUGAAAUUGAAUUAACUAACGAUUUAUACUACCUCUCUCACAGAUACUGUUGAACCAAAGAAAUCGAGAAUUCCUUCUUUGAUUGAUUCCAAAUCGAAACCAAAGCUGCAAAGUAUAAUUACAUGUUAUUAAUAAUACAGCAAAUAAAUGCAUUUUUUUGAAGGCGUAAUUGAUAGUGAUCAGCGAUAUGUGCAGUUUAAAUAUUCCCCUAAAUAUUCUGCCUAUUUUAUUCUACGAAAUUACACACUCCGCGGGCGGACAAUAUUUUUUUUUACCAGUUUAUCAAGCAUUUCCCCUUUUGUUUUUGUGUUGCGGAUGCUCAAAUAAUUAUUAAAAAUAGUACUUAAUGGAAUCUUUGGCACACCACACACUUUGUCUUUUGAUCACUAUUGAAAUUACGUAGUUAAAAUGGUUCCAAAUCAUACGAAUACGAAUACGAAUACGAAUACCGAUUUUAACGUAGAGGGAAUACCACCCCACAAUAUACGAUACUACUCAAGCAAGCAGCUACUUUUUCGAUUCAUAAAUAAAUACAGAAUACAAAAUACAAAAUACAAAAUACAAAAUACCAGCCACCAGUGAGUAAGUUGACAAGGAAUUCAAUUGGUUUUCCGUUCUGUACAUUAACAAACUACGAAAUACGAGUAAUAAUUAUGAAUUAACUUUUUUUCAUUUAUAUAUAUUGUAUGUGACUGUAAAUAAAAACAAGUUUUCAAACAAAGCUAAAAUAGUGACAAGAAAUCGAAUAUAUUAUAUAUUAUACGAAAAUAUGUGCGUACCUAUGUAUACUUAUAAAAAGAAUAAAUUAAAAUAAAAUAAAAACCAUGAGGCAUUGAAAUGACAA